GAUUUAACGCAUGCGUAAUACAGCAAAAACAAAACAAAACUUUUGUGACACAUUGAGGUAAAAAAAGAGAUUUAGGAAAUAAAGAAGCAUGAUGUUGGAGGAGCUAAAACACCUUUUAAAUUUCCUCUGUUUUAUAUUUAUAUUGUUUCAUUGUUGUAAUGCCGAAAGAAUUAUUGAUAUGGAAAGUUAUGACUGUGUCCACACGGAACCAUUUCAAGUCAGUGACAAUGAUUUGAUGAGAAUCAGAGCACAGCCUCGACAUGACAGAGGAGAUAGAUUCAAAUGCAAAAUUACACUACAGGCAUUGCAAACAAAAUUUUUCUAUGUGUAUAUUGCAGAUAUUGAUAUUAAAGAAUGUGGUGUAACUUUAAAAUUCUAUGAUUAUUAUUAUAAUAGACAAAAUAUGAUUAAAGAGUUAAGUUGCAAAACAACACCAGGUGCUUAUUUCCAGAGCCGUAGUAAUAUUUUAAUUGUGGAACUUGACAAACUAACAAGUUCAAAUACUGUUUACCGAUUCUCUAUAGUAGCAGCUACAAAUCACGGUCCAAAGAUUGACAGAACAAGUGGUAGUCCAAGCUUGAAGACUUACUCCAUAUUAAGGAUAUUUAUUCUAAUACUAGUCUAUGUCAGCCUACACUGACAAAUUCAUAAAAAAAUAGGAAAUAAAUAUUAAAUUAAAUAUUCUUCUACUUCGAAAUUUCAGACAUCCAUAAAUUAUUUAUGAAAUUACUGAUUAAUUCUGAAAUUAUCGCUUCAUUUUCUGCAUGAGAGGGUUAAAUGCUGGAUGAUUUAAAUUCAUGAAAAAUACCAACAUAUUUGCCAUGCAGGAAAAUAAAAAAAAAUGACGUUCACACUUGAAAUUUAAUGCUGAAAUUAUUUCAUUCCACCAAUAAAUAUUUACUCACUGAUAUGACGCUACAAUUUUAGAGGAACAAACUUAGACAUUCAUUUUUCCUAAAAAUGCGAGACUAAAUAACUACAGCUCAUUGCCAUUAUGGUGACACAGUAAGAGAUCAGGUGACAUCCAUUGCUUAUAUUAACUUUUAAGUGACUAUUCAAUGUUUAGAUGCUGAACUACUAACCAUAGUUCAAAUAUUGUACCUCUUAGUAAUGCACAAUGGUGCAUGGCUAAACAAAGAACAAGCUCCACUAUUUUCUUCACAAGUGAAUAAUAGCACAAGUGAAUAAUCUUGGCUCUAGACGUAAGUCUACAGUAAAUAUAACAACUUAACCAAUGAAAGUAUAGAAAAAUGAUAUAAAGACAUACGGAAUAAAUAAAAUAGAAUAAAAACUUCUGCAUGACUAACAGUUACUAUAGAAAUCAAAUAAUUCAGCAAUAUAUAUGAUUGAUCUCUUGCUGUAUUUAAGAUGUCUAAAUAAUAUACAAAUGUUUAUAUUAUUCUUUUUUGUAUGUGUAUUUCGUGUGCAAGAUUCUUGAUGUGGAUACGUGUGUUGAAAGAAAUACAAUUAAACCUUGGGAGAGGCAUUAUGCCGGUAAUAAACACACGCACUGGUUCAGUCCUUUAUUAAUUUAUAAACAGUAUAUAGUUUUUUGUUAAAUCAUUUCAUUGCACUCUUGCAAUCUCUAUAUACUCUUUAUAAAUUAAUAAAGGACUGAACCAGUGUGUGUGUUUAUUACCGGCAUAAUGCCUCUCCCAAGGUUUAAUUGUAUAUUAUUAUUCUUUUUAGUCUGUAUAAACGUAUUGUAUUGAAACCAAAUUAAAACAACUCCAGAAAGAUUUUUUUCAAUUUUA